UCACCCAUCCUGCACAAAGCAUUUCUCAGAAUAUUACAUAGUUCUUCUACCUGUCAGAGACGUGGAGAAGUGGUCUUAAUCAAGGUCUUCAUCCUUAUCGGCCACUAACAGUACUAAUUUCAAUGGCCCUUUUGCAGAGACCUGCCAGAUCGUAACAAAAUUGUUGACAAUCUACCUGUUAUUCUGGGGCACAAUGACAUUGCCGAUGGUGAAUUCAUGAGCAGGUUUCGAUGAUUAUUGAUUGUACUGAGUGGCGGUGAUCAUUUUUCGUUGUCGGGGCUUUUGUGUAAGCUGUUUGAGGCAUCAUGGCCGGCUGGAACUGCUCGACUAGGAAGUGACUCCGAUUGCAAUUGUCAGGUACACCAUGUCCACCCUGCGAUUGACAGACCUAGCCUUCACGCAAGGCUGCAAAUGAAGAAUCUCAUCUGCGCAGAAGUUUGUGAUACGUGGUAGAGUGCCAUUGAGCGAAUCCCUCUGGUUCGAGCAGCCUUGGUGUAAUUGACAGUACUCAGAGCAUCUGGCCUCCCACGUCGGCUCCACUCAAGUUUUCAAAUCUGUGGCAAGCUUCACAGAUGCCGAACUCGUAGCUUGAGUAACCUCAACUUGGAUACGUAGACAGGCAUCCGAGGUGUAACAAUGAGGCCAGGAGGCGCAGAAUUGAGUCAUUUGGGGCGAAGAUGCGACACAAUUGGGGAAAAGACUCGUAGUUGUAAAAGGAGAGAGUACGCAUGACAGCCAAACGACAAAUGUCGCAAACAUGAAGGGAGAGGAGGUGAUACCCGGCGAUGGUUCCAUCAAAAUUGCUCACUGCGACCAAACUAGGCGGCUAGGAGAGGGUUUGACAAAAGAAACAGUUCAUCACAAAAUUCGCAAAAGACAGGGCAAGAUUGUACCAUACUUGCUCACAGUUGGAAAACAAGAAAGUCGACACUCGAAAACUUCAGAACUCCUGUCAGUAGAGCGACGAGAGAAGAUGCUCACAAAGACCAAUCAGUGGCUGUGAAUCUCUGACCUAAUGUGUUUCCAAGGUUUCUUGGAGCCGGGAAGUCACUACCAGAUGAAGAUCAAUCUGGAGUCGAAGCUGCAAGUUGUUCUACAAAAGAUAGCUUCGUCAGGCAUAUACUACCUCAUCCUCGUGUGGCUGAUUAAGAUAGUAAUCUUCGUCCUGUGGAUAGGAAAGUGCAUUCUCAUCUGGCUCUUGAGGCUAUCAUUUUGGCUCAUUCGGGAAUGCAUACGAAGGUAUGUGAGCGUUGCACUUGUUGGCUUGACUUUGGCGCCACAAUCGAGGGAUCAAGAUACAAAACAGAUUUUCAGGAGGAAAGAAAGCUUCACUAGGAGCUUGGACUUGGUCGAAGAAGAAGAAGUAGUAGAAGCCGAAGUCCACGAGAAGGAAACAACAUCGCCGUUGUUUCCGAUUGUUCUGAGGGAUCGAGUGCAAAUUUGUGAAGAAGUUUUCGCAAUUAAAGACAGAGAAAGAUUGCUGUAUGAGUUCGACCAAAUUGUUGCACCCCAAGUGUCAGCCUUCCAACUCGGAGAGAUCGUCGUUCCCAUCAACGACACCCGACAAUUGGCAACGUUUCUUAAGCUAAAACUGAGCCAAACGUGCAAGGAACAAUCCGUCGAGGCUAUCAACGCUGCUAUUUGCGGAGCCAUCCUCAACAUCCGGUCGAAGGGCGCCAUCAGCAACUGUGUUGAAUCAUGCUCCCAAAACCAUGGUAACAUUAUGUACGUAGUUGUGUACAUUGCGGCUAGACUCCGGGGCGACGACAAGAUCCAUCUCGUCCUCGUUGGCCGCAAAGUGGAAGACUUCCUCGGCUCCAGUGAGUUCCGCAACCGGUUCAACCCUCCUCGCACACAGGGUGACAAGGAAGAAUGGUAUACCUGGACUUUCGCCCACUUGCAGUCACUCAAGGAGAGUGCUGUCCAAACUGCGGAAGAGCUUCUGUCCCUUGACCCAGUCGAUGCUCAAGUCUGGAGUGCUGUACAAGUAACAAGCAGUUUUGUAAUUAAAGAAGAUAUUCCGUCUGAACUUUUAUGAACGAAAGUGUGAACAUGGGCGCACAAUUGCUGGCCAUACAAUCAGAAUCCCAGAACCAUUGAUCGAUCACUUAUUACUGCAUCUCGUGCUAGAAUAGAAUGCGGAAGAAAUGAAGUCUUUCGAUAUGAUGUGUAUAGGUUUACAGAGCUUGUUAUUGGUAUAUAUGGAUUUCAGAACUUCCUUUCAGUUAUGAACCAUCCAGAGGCUUAGCUCUCUGUGAUAACCCUCAAUAGUCCAAGUUGAGAACUGUGCCUCUAUUCCUCCAGUUUGUUUCCAAUUUUCGAAUCAAUUUUCAGUAAACUAGUACCAUUACGAUUUUGAUGA